UGAGAUAAAUAAGCGAUUAAGGGAGAGCAGCGUGAGCGGGCGCGGUGACACGGGGUUACAUGUCAGGCGGAGGGUGAGCGGCGCGCAUUGGCCGUCACCGCCAGUCCCGAUAACAGCGCAGCAUCCUCUAGCCGCUAACACAUGGAGACUGAGCGCAAAAGGACAAUGAAAGAGUGCUGCGUGGUGCGUAACCGCAUCUUCAGGGAGUUUCUGGCCGAAUUUCUCGGAACAUUUAUAUUAAUUCUGUUCGGCUGCGGCUCCGUGGCACAGACAGUGUUGAGUCGCGGUGCCCUGGGAGAGCCGCUCACCAUCCACAUCGGCUUCACUCUGGGAGUGAUGAUGGCGGUCUACGUGGCAGGAGGGGUGUCAGGUGCCCACAUUAACCCUGCCGUGUCCCUGGCUAUGGUCGUCCUGGGUCGGCUGAAACUGGUGAAGUUCCCCGUCUAUGUCAUGGCGCAGUUCCUGGGAGCCUUCGUUGGCGCGGCUGCUGUCUUCUGCCUGUACUACGAUGCCUUUAUGGACUUCACGAGUGGAAUACUGUCAGUGACUGGCAUCAACGCCACAGCACACAUCUUUGCCUCCUACCCUUCUAGGCACCUCUCAAUAAUCAACGGAUUCAUUGACCAGGUGUUUGGGACGGGCAUCCUGGUCUUGUGCAUCCUGGCCAUUAUCGACGGGAAGAACAUUGGUGCACCCAGAGGAAUGGAGCCCUUGGUCAUCGGCUUGAUCAUCCUGGGGAUUGGCGUGUCCAUGGGCUUGAACUGUGGUUAUCCUCUGAACCCCGCCCGCGACCUGGGCCCCAGGGUCUUCACGGCAGUGGCUGGGUGGGGCAUGGAGGUGUUCAGCACAGCAGAUUACUGGUGGUGGAUCCCAGUGGCGGGGCCCCUCGUCGGGGGUGUGGUGGGCGGGGCGAUCUACUUCCUCUUCAUCGAGCUGCACCAUGAGAGUGAGCCCGUGACGGAACAGGAGGAAGAGGAAAGCAGCAGCAUCCAGGACAAGUAUGAGAUGAUCGCCGUGAGCUGAAGGAGGAACGGUGCACAAUGGGGUCCUCGCUCCUGACCUCCGGUACAAAGAGACGGAACCCCCCAAGAAGGAAGGCCUCAGAAGAGCCAUCAAGGAAUAAGCCCCACCAAAGAGUGUGCCGAUCAUCCCUCCCUUUCCCACACAUGUCCCUAAUCCAACUGCACUCUUCCUAGGUACAGCUGUACAUAUGUAUUUGUACUGCAAUCCUACAAUGACAUACCAGACAACCACACGCCUUGUCACAUGGCCUCCAGUACACUAAUAAAGGUCAUAUCUAAUGACUAUAAAUGAUACUUGUAUACAACUACCAGGAUGAUUGUUGUUGUUUAACUGAUGAGAAAAGAGGUCUAGUAUGACUGAAAUCCUAGUUCCUGAUGAGUCUUUAAGUACCAAUGCAGCUGUCAGGCUAGUUUGACUAUACAAUGAAGCGUGCAUCCAGGUUUUUAAUAAAAGAUGUCACCACAGAGAUUGAGAUAUUUUUAGAUGCUCCUGCUCCAUCUUCAGAACAUGCAUAUUUUAGAACUGUGUGGAUGGUAUUCCCUAGAAUCAUCCAUCAUCAUGCCUGUUUCUAACACUCAUUUCGCUUAAUGCUGAAUAUUUUUUAGCAUGUGAAGUACAGACUUACAAAAACUGACUGCUGUUGUCCAUUGUAAAGUUAUUUUCUUUGUCACGUCUGGCCUGUUUUGAAGGUACUGUGCCCUGCAUUUCACAGUGUCAAAUGGUUUUUAUUGCAUUAUUUGUA